CCCUGCCCCAGGUGAGAGCAGCCCGCGGGCACUGAGCAUCCCUGCAUCCCUGCUCCCCUGUGCAUCCCUGCACCCUCCACCCCCGGACCCCAGUGCGGCCCCCCGCCAGCAUGAAGAGGUGCAAGUCGGACGAGCUGCAGCAGCCCGAGGAGGACGGCGCUGGGGCUGAAGAGGUGCCCGGGGAUGGCAGGCCCGGGGAAGGGGCCGUGGCUCCGGUGGUGGCCGAGGCGGGCGCCACCGGGAACCCCAACCCCGUGCCCCAGGCUCUGGCCCGGAGCAAGCCUCCCGACCUAAAGAAAAUUCAGCAGCUGUCCGAAGGCUCCAUGUUUGGCCAUGGCUUGAAGCACCUUUUCCACAGCCGCCGGAGGUCCCGGGAGCGGGAGCACCAGAACUCCCAGGACUCGCUGCCGCCGCACUACGGGAUGUCUGACCACGACUCCCCUGACGAGAAAGAACGCUCCCCGGAGAUGCACCGGGUCUCCUACGCCAUGUCCCUGCAUGACCUCCCUGUGCGCCCCACUGCCUUCAACAGGGUGCUGCAGCAGAUCCGCUCCCGCCCGUCCAUCAAGAGAGGGACCAGCUUGCACAGCGGCAGCCGCCGGACCAAAAGCGGCUCCUUGGACCCCCAGAAAGGCAGCCCCCAUCUCCUCCGGAAGGCUCCGCAGGACAGUAGCCUCACCGCCAUACUGCAUCAGCACCAGGGCCGGCCGAGGUCCUCCUCCACCACGGACACUGCCAUCCUUCUGGCCGAGAGUGGAGCCGUGUACCUCCUCGCGGAGGAGUCGGAGUGCCUUGCUGACAAGCUGGACAAAGGGGAUGUGAGCACGCUCAGCCUGCCUUCCAACGUGAGUCACGGAGAUGCCGACGGCAACAUCUGCUUGGACGUCCCGGAUGGCACCCCGGAUCCGCACAGGACGAAGGCAGCCAUCGAGCACUUGCACCAGAAGAUCCUCAAGAUCACAGAGCAGAUCAAGAUCGAGCAGGAGGCGCGAGACGACAACGUGGCUGAGUACCUGAAGCUGGCCAACAAUGCCGACAAGCAGCAGGCCUCCCGCAUCAAGCAGGUCUUUGAGAAGAAGAACCAGAAGUCCGCCCAGACCAUCGCCCAGCUGCACAAGAAGCUCGAGCACUACCACAAGAAGCUAAAAGAGAUCGAGCAGAACGGGCCCUCGCGGCAGCCCAAGGAUGUCUUCCGGGACAUGCACCAGGGCCUAAAGGACGUAGGAGCCAACGUCCGGUCCAGCAUCAGCGGCUUUGGGGGUGGGGUGGUGGAAGGCGUCAAGGGCGGUCUCUCCGGUUUGUCCCAGGCCACCCACACAGCCGUGGUCUCCAAGCCCCGGGAGUUCGCCAGCCUGAUCCGGAACAAGUUCGGCAGCGCGGACAACAUUGCCCACCUGAAGGACACGCUGGACGACGGGCACCCCGAGGAGGCCUCGAGGACCCUGAGUGGCAGUGCCACCCUGGUGUCCAGCCCGAAGUACGGCAGUGACGACGAGUGCUCCAGUGCCACCUCGGGGUCGGCGGGGGGCAGCAACUCGGGGGCCGGACCUGGUGGACUGGGGAGCCCCAAGUCCAACACCCUUGACAGCCACCACAACAACUUUGACACCAUCCUGGAGGAGCUCCGGGAAAUAAAGGACAGUCAAUCGCACCUGGAGGACUCAAUGGAGGACCUCAAGGCACAGCUGCAGAGGGACUACACCUACAUGACGCAGUGCUUGCAAGAGGAGCGGUACAGGUACGAGCGCCUGGAGGAGCAGCUGAACGACCUGACAGAGCUCCACCAGAACGAGAUGACCAACCUGAAGCAGGAGCUGGCCAGUAUGGAGGAGAAAGUGGCUUAUCAAUCCUAUGAAAGGGCCCGGGACAUCCAGAACCUCCAUCUCACACUCAGAAUUACCAGCUUGCUAAGGCUCAUCAGAAGAUCUCAAAGCAUUUUGCAAAUAUUAAGACCCCACGUGAGGAAGCGGUGGAGUCCUGCCUCACCCGUGUCACUAAGCUGGAGCUCCAGCAGCAGCAGCAGCAGGUGGUGCAGCUGGAAGGGGUGGAGAACGCCAAUGCCCGGGCCCUCCUGGGCAAGUUCAUCAACGUCAUCCUGGCCCUCAUGGCCGUGCUGCUCGUCUUCGUCUCCACCAUCGCCAACUUCAUCACGCCCCUCAUGAAGACCCGCAUGCGCAUCCUCAGCACGGCCCUGCUGGUCCUCUUCCUCUUCUUCCUCUGGAAGCACUGGGACUCCAUCACCUACUUCCUGGAGCACGUGUUGCUCCCCAGCUGAUUCCCCAGGCCGCUGCCGGUGCCCUUGGGGCACUCCGGUUCUUACUGAGAAGGUGGGGGCAGGAGCAGAAACCUGGAGCCUUCCAUUUAAUUCCUUCAUGUGUUUGGUUCAGCUGUUUUCUCAACCCCCAGCACCCAUCUGUUCACUUCCAGCCUCCUCAGUGUCACCAGGAGCAUGGGAAGUUAGAGCCAGGAUUGCUCACUCCUUCUGGAUGUCCUGGGAGGGAAGACGGGCAAAAGCAUAAGAGUUUGGAAGAAGCCUUUAACUUACAUGUUCUUGAGUUUGUUUGAGGGUUUUUUUUAAAUUAGUAUUAUUUAAAGUAAUUCUGUUAUUCUAAAAGUCUGCAGGAAUGAGGUUUUCUUUAUGCCCCGAAGGCAGAUGGUUCUGUAUCCACUGGGGUUUGCAAUCAAACCCAGCUUCUGGGGAACUUUGAGAGAGAGAGAGAGAGAGAGAGAGAGGUUUGUUUGGUUUUUUCCUUAAAGACAGGGACAGCAAAAAAUUAUUCCUGGGAUGCAAUAAUAAAAGAGAAAACAACCACCAGAGAAAGGAAGAACCAGAGCUCAAGUGAAUGCCGUGGCUGUUUCUGCUCCCUGGAGAGCUGGCCACCGGGACAGAGCAGAAUGUAUGCAUCACACCAGCUUAUCCAAACCACACGUACAUUUACUCCUAUGGUUAUUGAACAGCUGACAGGCCGAGUGCAGAAUUGGGCAGGGGGUAUUUAUUGGCACAAGGCUGUGUUAGCUGGCCAUUGGCUUGUGCCCAGUGGGCACAGGAUACCCGGUGCGGUUCCGGUCAGAAAGUGAGAACAGUUGUGGCACAAGUGAAACCCACUUGGCUGGCUUUCGUUUUCUUCUUCUACGGCUUUCAUUCGAUUCGAUCUCUUCAGGGACACACGGACUUUCUGACACUGCGCCUGCGGACUUUACAAUCUACGCAAAGUAUUGUGUGUGUGUGCGUGUGCGUGUGUGUGUUUUUUUUUAAGUUAUUUAUUUCGAGAUUCUGUUUCCAUUUGUGAAUCAGGCGUUGGAGGAAAACACAGCUGCCUUCACAGCCUCCAUAGCUCUCAAAAAGACAGAGCAUGUUGUCUCCAAAGUUUCUUAAAUGGGUUCACAUAUAUAUAUAUAUAUGGG